CGACGGAUACCAGUGAAGAUGGUUUCUUCCCGUAUUCUGCCCGGCUAGAGUGAAAUCUGGGAAGCGGGCCAUUUCCCAGCCAAUACACUCGUAAACGUGAGCGAUACUACCAAGAAGCGACUUGCAAUAGAAAGGGUUCAUAUCUUUAUGUCUGGUCGCUGAAGCGCUCCAACCAACUCGCUGAUAAUUUUGGACCCUGUCGACCAGCAAUUGUUCAUUAAUAGGCAAACCUAAGCAGGCCAUAUGGCAGCCGCUGUUGUUCGUCAUAGACGGCAGGCUUCGGAUGGCGCUUCUGGGCCACCGCCGUUGGCCGGGGCCGCGACUGCGACAGUAACACUAGAUGGAAGAUUGCUGGAGGCAUUGGAUGGUCAACGAGGCCGGCAACAGAAAGAGGAUGACGGGCGGAGUCCAGUUCGCGUGCAAGGAAAGGCAUGCGCGGCACGUCCCUGCCACCUAGGAAGGGCACAUGAGAAGUCCAUGGCGCCCUUGACACCGCCCCGCGUCAGCGGAGUCAGCCUCGCUCCCCUCGACUACCACUGCGCUGCGGAGCGCGCAGCAGCAGUGGCACAGCAAGCGCCAGGGAAACCUCCCGGCAGGCCCUCCCUGGCGCACAUUGUCCUUGGAGGCAAGGCGCCGCCACAGCCGGCUGCGCCCGCUGUGGUUGCUGCUGCGUUGAAUGCAGGAGCAUGCGGCGCCGCUGCUGCCGCGCUGGGUGCUGGGGGCGCCUGCGGUGCCGCUGCGGCCGGUGCAGCCGGCGGUCCUCAGCUCUUAAUUGCCGAAGGCCGCAGCAUUCAACGCAGCAGCGCGAGCUGCCUUGACCCACGGGUCGCUGCAUACCAGGAAAUCUACGGAGAUGGUAACGACAGCGUUUGUACGACACCACCUAACCUAAGACUGGAGUGCUUGAUGCGGUCACAGGCUUGCGGAGCUCUGGGGCCGCUCACACCAUACCCACUGACCCCGUCCAUCCUCACACUGUGCGGCGAACUAGGGUUGGAAGAUGAGUUCGAGGUGAUUGGUGCGAGCAGUGCUGCGGAGCUGGUAGACAUGCGCACCUGCAUGUCACCGAAGCUACCGCCGUUGUAGGCAUGUGGGGUGUGGUGACGGUGGCCGAGGUGAUUUGGGUUGGGACGCGGGGAACUGUUAGGGCGGUGGUGGUAAUGGUGGAGGUAGUUGUGGGAGAAGGCCGGGAGAGGGGCGGGUCUGGAGUGAUGCCUCUGACCUGGGUACCGUAAUUUUUGUUGUUCACUUCGUAAGGUUUACACGGUGUUUUCCGUUGCUUGGUUGCUUUGUUUCAGUUGGGCUUAUGAUGGCCCUUCGUUCACGUGGCGUCGCAUCAGAUGGUUCCUGCGCAAGGAACUAUGCGCAGGCGACCUGAAGGAGAAUGCAGGUGGGUAGGCAGGUGGUGUUGCUGCGGGUGAUGAUGGCGGUGUUUUUCCUUAAGGGCAUCCGCUCGAAGAGCCGUGGUCAUUUUUGUGUGCACAAUGAGGGUCUUACCGUACAUAAAACAAAGGGAACAUGGCGUACAACGUUUGAGAGGGAUUUUGGCAGCCUGCACGACGUCUGCGCAUCUUUUCAUGGUUGCAGUGCACGCAGUGCAAGAGGGUUGGCUGUGAUAUCUGUUGCAGGGUAGCGGGAUGCUCAUAGUUGCGGCGUAGCGUUCGCAUUGCCUUUCUUUAUAGUUGCAGCCCUGAUCGCCGCAGUAACGGUUGACGGUUAGCGCCAAGGGGGUCCUGUUGCGGAGGUUGGCAGUGACGUCAUGCCGUGAUACCGGUAGUAGUCGCAGUAGAGCGGAGAUGGCGAAGUGGAAGGGAUGAGGGUUAUGCGUCUUUAUUUCCCCAGUUUACGUUAAGUUUGGCCCCGUGCUAAACGUUUACUAGUAUUUGACCACUUUCUUGCUUGCACCGUUUCAUACUUGCAGAUUUCCUGUAUUCUGUCCCGAACGUUUAUGGCCGAGACCUUUUUAGGACUCGUCCCUUACAUAGUGUGGCACGGUGAAGUACUAGUGAUUGGACUUUGUGAUUGUUGCACAACUGCUUUGGAGCCCGGACUGCGUUGGUGCUCGAUGCCUAACAUCGUUCGUGUUCAGCCUCCGAUGGGGAGCGCGCUCGUGUAGAACCCCGUGUGGGAGUUGCCGAGAGGCUUGGUAUCCUGUUUUGCGGUAUACUUUUCGAAACCCUUAGAUGGUCCGCGGGACCUUUGUGCCAUGCUGGGGAUCGGGGCCGAGGAAUUUGCCGCAUGCGCCCGGAUGCUGCGUGCUGCGAAAUUUACCUGCGUGUCGUACGCAGACCUCCAUGCAGCAAGUCCAUGCUCUUUCCUGAUCUGAUAGUUGUAAGUGUCCUCAUCUGCUUCCUGAUAAUCGACUUCACUGUGCUAUUGUGAACUUUUGCACUUGUUUCUGGUCAACGCGGCAAGCCCUGCGAGCAGUAGGAUCGUUCAAGCACCACACAAAGGAGACGUACCACACCAAUUACUACGUCCGCUUCAGCUUAGGAAUUUAUUUAGGUGAUCUUGAAGACAGUUUCCCGGCUGCUGCUUCAGUUGGGGCAAAAUGGCUAAAGUCAAGAUGCCAGCCACCGGAGAGUGCAAGCGGACUGUGUUAUGGAUGAUGUGGACUGUUAAUAUGUUGAUUAACGCCACCUACAUUGUCAUGACUUUCGCCACAUCGAAUAAGCUUGUCAACAGCUAUCGGCAUCUCCACGAGAGCUGGCUUCACGACAACACCUGGAGAGCACCCAUAGCCGCAACCGUCCUUGGUGGCCUCAUGGUUCUUAUGUUCAACAUCAUGUCAUGCGCUAUCCUUAUCCGGAAAUCCAUCAAUCGGAGCGGUCCCGGCUUCGGUUAUGGCUUCCUCAUGGCUUGGUGUUUCGUGCUGUCCUUCUUCUGCCUCCUGUGCGGCCUGGUCACUUCUGGCUUCUACCCGGUUGUGAAGGAGAAGCUCGAAGUUAACACGACAUGGUCAAAGAUUGACUCGGGUGCCUACGCCGGCACGACUGCUUUCUCCUUCAUCUGCGCGGCCUUUUACAUGUUCUUUUUCGUCUGCUUGGUGGUCUUCCAGGGAGGCAUCAUGAAGCAAACCGGCCUCUACGACCCUGCCCAGGACGAUAAGCGUAAAAUGGAGAUGGCGGCUGUCCAGGGGGGCGCUCUCGGGAACCCGCUGACGGCUGGACCUACCCAGCAUGCCAUUUAAGCAGGCCAUGUAGCCAAAGCACCAUCUAUAGGAGGGACUUCACGGGAUGUUGAGCCACGAAAUGGCCGCACGCUAUUGGGAUACACGUCGAGUGGAUAGCGAGAUUCAUGUCGAGGGAGGCAUCGUGGAACGCGGCCCGGGCAAGCUAGGAGCCGUGUCAGGUGCAGGGCACGUCAUGCAUGGCGUGCGAACGCGCGUAAGGGUAGCGGGUAGGGGGACAGCUUCUGGGGCAUGUGGAUGAUCCUAUGGGGUAAUUACGGGUCGGUCUUGACGGAUCUUUUGUAUGUAACCGAACCAUAGGUGGAUAGAGAGUUUAUUUGGCGUUUAAGCAUCCGAUGGUUAAAGCCCUGUUAUACAUGUGCAAAGCACUUGUGGGCGUAGUCGUGGCAUUUCCUAUAGCGGGCAGGCUGCUAUGCUCGACGUUAUGGUGCCCACGGGUAUCGUGACUAACGUAGUAGGGUAACAGCUUUGUAGCAAUGUUGGCGUUUGCUUGGAGGCCUACAGUUUGGGUUAAGACGGGACGCCUUUGGUCUCUCGGUCUCUGCUCAACAACCAACACGCGUCAGAAAAUGUUUCGGUAACGUAUGUUGCAUUGUUAUUGGCAGGCGUGCAGAAGCGAGAGGGAAAGGAGAGAGCAAAAGGUGCUCUUAGCAAUCCCAUGUCUUCAUGUAUCUCCAUGUCAUGCACAGACCUAAGCGAAGGAUAGUCUAGUUCCUUGAGGAUAAGCACCACGCAGCC